ACAAUGAAAACACAACAGAAAUAAAUAUAUAUGGUCAAUAUUUCAGAAUAAUUCCCACCAAUAGACUGAUAUUUGUAUCGGUUUAAAUGAUUCUUAGCCACAUCCUAUCUUAUAAGUCAGAGUCACACCUUCAGUCAUAAAGUGGGCUUAGCAAGUGCCACAAUUGCAAAGAGCCACAUUGAUUUGCAGCCCGCACCUUCUCUGUCCUGCACUGCUUUUCAACCACCAGUCCUGUUUCCUAGAGAUGCUCGAGGAAGAAGUGAAGAUGGAAGCAGUGAAGAUAAACACCUCAAAGGACCAGCCUUGUCCAGUCUGCAGGUCUGCAGCGACAAGGCGCCACCGUCAGUUUCCACAACGUUCACUACAAAAUUAAGCAAGCAGGAGGAUGUUUGUGCCGGAGGAAGACCACCUGCAAAGACAUCCUCAUUGACCUCAAUGGAAUCAUGAAGCCGGGGCUCAACGCCAUCAUGGGAGCAACCGGAAGUGGCAAGUCAUCUUUUUUGGAUGUUUUGGCUGCCAGGAAAGACCCUUCGGGAUUGUCGGGUGAAGUCCUCAUCGACGGGGCUCUUCAGCCGCCAAACUUCAAAUGUCUGUCGGGAUACGUAGUGCAGGAUGACGUUGUGAUGGGGACCCUGACAGUCAGAGAGAAUUUCAGCUUCUCUGCAGCGCUUCGUCUUCCUUCCAGCAUCUCUCAGGCGGAAAAAGAUCAGAAAGUGGACAAACUGAUCCAGGAACUUGGGCUGGGUCGCGUGGCAGACUCCCGGGUGGGCACCCAGCUGAUUCGUGGCAUCUCUGGCGGUGAGCGCAAGCGCACCAACAUCGGCAUGGAGCUCAUCAUCAACCCAUCUGUUCUCUUCCUGGAUGAGCCCACCACAGGGCUGGACGCCAGCACUGCCAACUUUGUCCUAAUGCUGCUCAAGAGGAUGGCCAAUAGCGGGCGCACCAUCAUCCUGUCAAUCCACCAGCCUCGCUACUCCAUCUACCGCCUCUUUGACAACCUCACCCUGCUAGUCAACGGAAAACAGGUAUACCAUGGACCAGCACAGGGAGCUAUUGGCUACUUCUCUGACAUUGGGUACACCUGUGAGCCUCACAACAACCCUGCAGACUUCUUCCUAGAUGUCAUCAAUGGAGACUCCGCUGCAGUGGCCCUCAGCAACGUAGACCGAGAAGACUCAGAUUCAGUGCUGAAGUCCAGACAAGUAAUCGAGGACAAGCUGGUGGACGAAUACAGAAGCUCGUCUUUCUUCAAGCAGACCAAAGCAGACUUGGAAAAGAUUGUCCAUGGUAAGCCGACGAGAAGCUACACUCCUACCAGAACCAUCACCUACAAUACCAGCUUUGUGACGCAGUUUCGGUGGGUUCUCAAGAGGACGUUUCAUAAUCUUCUGCUCAACCCGCAAACUUCCAUCGCUCAGUUUGCAGUUACUUUGUUCCUCGCUCUGGUUGUAGGAGCCAUUUUCUUCAACGUCCAGGAGGACCAGAGCGGCAUCCAGAACAGAUUCGGAGCUCUCUUUUUCAUAGUGGUCAAUCAGUGUUUCAGCUCCCUGUCGUCGGCCGAGCUUUUCAUCGCGGAGAGGAAACUCUUCAUCCAUGAGUCUAUCAGUGGCUACUACCGGCUGUCCGUCUACUUCUUCUCCAAGAUCCUGUCUGACAUCAUCACGCUGAGGACCAUACCCGCCAUGGUGUUCACCUGCGUGGCUUACUUCAUGAUCGGUCUGAAGCCGACAGUUGAGGCCUUCUUCCUCUUCAUGUUUACUGUGACUCUGGUGUCCUACACGGGCACCGCCAUGGCGCUGGCCAUCUCUGCUGACCAGACUGUGGUGGCCAUCGCCAACAUCUUCAUGACCAUUACCUGCGUUUUCAUGAUGAUCUUUGCAGGCUUGCUGGUCAAUCUUCCCUCCAUUGUCAGCUGGCUGGCUUGGUUGAAAUACUUGAGCAUACCGCGUUAUGGCCUAAGUGCUCUGCAGGUGAUCGAGUUCAAAGGAUUGGACUUCUGUCGGGGUUUAAACAGCAGCAGCAUCAUUCCGCCUGGAACAACUUGCAGAGGUGAGGACUUUCUGAGCGAGCAAGGCGUGGAUUAUUCCGAUUGGGGCUUCUGGCAGAACCAUUUGGCCCUCGGCGUCAUGACCUUCUGCUUCCUCACCAUUGCUUACCUCAAACUGCGCUUCAUUAGGAAGUUUACUUAGAACGGCUUUGCCGAGUUCCCCCAAAAAGCCACUUGCAGAUUUGAGUUCAUGUCUAUUUGUUUAAUUAUUUUCUGAAAAUGUUGAUAAAAAAAAGGUGAAUGCUGUGGAGGUCACACUGCAUACCAGCAGAGAGAAGAGUUGACACUACAUGUGGCAACUUGAAUGUUAGAAGAAAUUACAGUACAGUGUUCACUUUUGUUUGGUUCACUCCUGUUUUUUUUGUUUUUGCACUUUAACAUAUUAUUAUUAAAAACAAAAAGUCUUUAUCUGUAUUGCA